AAAAAAAAAAAAAAAAGGAGGGGGGAGCGGUUGGGUUUUAACGUUAAUUUCCCGCACUGUGUAACCGCCUGCGAGUGAGAUCAGCCACCGCGCUGCCCGCUUCUUUUAUGACAGCCGACCUGUCAUUACAGAGUUGCACUUCAGCCUCAGGACUGGGAGUCCACAGAAGGACCAGACUAAGCAAGUUGUACCUCUUUCAGAAAAGCAGAGAAAAGGGUGGAUAGUCUGUUGGUAAAAGGAGAAGGGGCGACAGAAGACAUGGGAGGGGUAGGAAAAUGCCAAAGAAGCAGGGCCUGAGGACUUUAGUGUCUCUGUGCUGUGGACACACAAGAACCUAGAUCUGACUCUGUGGACAACUUCAGUGAAACUGCAGAAACUGUGGGGGUGCAGUGUGUUUCACAAACAAACAAUGACUGAGAGCAGUUAGAGCAACAGUACAUGUUAAUGACAGCAGAACAAAAGCAUCUUUACACUUCUGAGCAGCUCACAGCAGGGGUUUAUUUAAAGAAGCAGAUACAGCACUGUUUAUCCAUUAAUCAAUCAAUACCUUUCUAUCAACAUAUUUUUUUAUAUAGCUCUCCACCAUUUGGAGGGAAAAAAAUAUGUGUUAAUCUUUCUGCUGUUUCUUUUUCUCAGGGAAGCUUAGUCAAAAGAGAGCUGACUGGACUUUCACAUGACUGCCCUGUCACUGGUUUCCACUUAAAUUGAUUUUUACUGCAAUAAUGCAUUUUCAAACCCAAACCAGCCCAGUCUGCGUGAAACUGCUCAAAACGUGGAGGGAAAAAAAGAACAGUGACAUUUGCGUGUGAUUUGGCCACGUCAGCACGAUUUCAAGGGACUUAACGCACAAAACAUUUAGCAACUCGAAUGAAAAUAGUCCGUAAAAGCCCGCUGUUGCAUGAGAGGACCGUGUGGUGAGCUGCAACACCUGUUUAAACAGGGCCUUUCACGUUAACUGCCGCCCUCCCCCUCCCCCGUUCAUGGCCUGUUUUGAAACCGGAGUGGUGAGUCACUCUUCUCUCGGUUUAGAAAAACAGAUCCGGCCAGGCUGGGGCCCCGGCGGGGGGAUGGGAGGCCGGCGGUGAUGAACACCGGAGGUGGACGCAGCUGGACUCCCACUCCCAAGGACCCCACAUCCUGACAACGGCCCGCCGUGUUCCCAUAGUGACCGGGGGCGAUCUGAGAGAAACACCGCCAGAAUUAAUUGAUAUGCGUAUUUUUCCAGCCCAGUAAUCGUAGCUGCAGCCAAUCAAUUGGUCAUGUUCUCCCCCCCAAAAAAGAAAAGAGUAGCAACAGAGGAGAGGCCGUCCCGGUUCCCAACUCCUAAAUGCACCGUAGACCUUAUGUGAUUACUUUUGCCUAUGCUCAGUAUGUGGUGGGCCUGGCUUGAAGCGUGUUCAAUCCUUUUUAUUUUAGGACUGAACAUUGGAGUGGAGACUGAAGAACCACACACACAAAAAAAACAUCCUUUAAAAGACAGAUUGUUUUCUGUUGAUACUGGAUUCUCUUGUUAAAGGUUAAAUCAGAUGGGCCAUUUUGUCAAGGUAUUUUUCAAACCAAAACAUAUUUAAUCCAAGAGUAUUUUAACAUAGUAAAUCCUUGGCAGUAGCACACUGUGCACACCAAAUGCAGGCCCACAUGUUCAUGUAAGUAUUAAAUCAGGGUUUCGGUUCAGCCUCACCACACAGACGCUUUCUCCUACCAAAAAUCAUACACCGCCCCUCCUCCUUUUCCCGCCAAAAAGCCUCGGGGGUUCGAAUUCUGCCCUUUUCUGAUAGGGCGAAUCGAUGUAUCCAUGACAACCGUUGCUCCGGACGACAAGGGAUGCUCGAGGUGCUGCGCAACAACUGACUGCCAUGCGCAUUGCGGCAGCGCGUACCACUCUCAUCCUGACUCAUGACUCAGACUCGUUUGAAGCCCUGUAGAGCUGCAAUGUGGCUCAGAUGAUGUUGGAGAGUCAGAGAGAUGAGAGAGGCAGAGCGAGAGAGAGAGAGAGAGAGAAGACUCAAUCAGUCCCCCAGCGUUGCACGGCAGACAUGAGGAUGAUUCAUGUGUAAGAGGCAGAGCCCGACACAGAGCAGCAGGCAGCCCUGUGGACCAGUAGUCAGACCCAGGAUCAGCCCAGUCUUCUCAGAGCUGGAGACCAUCUCCCCGCAGCGUCCCUCGCCUCCACUGCGUGCCCCCCUCGCCGACAUGUACCCCGAAGACAGCCGGGUGUCUGGAGGGGUUGCCACUGUGGACUUCCUGGAAGGGACGUACGACUAUGCCGCCCCCACCCCUGCCCCGACUCCUCUUUAUAGCCACUCCACCCCUGGCUACUACUCCGCUCCUCUGGAUGCACACGGACCACCCUCAGAUGGGAGCCUUCAGUCCCUGGGCAGCGGGCCCAACAGUCCUCUAGUGUUUGUGCCCUCCAGCCCCCAUCUCAGCCCCUUCAUGCACCCGCCCACCCACCACUAUCUGGAAACCACCUCGACACCCAUCUACAGGUCCAGUGUCCCAUCCAGUCAGCAUUCAGCUUCAAGAGAGGACCAGUGUGGCACCAGUGACGACUCAUAUAGUGUGGGGGAGUCGGGGGCUGGAGCGGGAGCCGCUGGGUUUGAGAUGGCCAAAGAGAUGCGUUUCUGUGCCGUGUGCAGCGAUUAUGCCUCUGGGUACCAUUACGGGGUGUGGUCCUGCGAGGGCUGCAAGGCCUUCUUUAAGAGGAGCAUACAGGGUCACAAUGACUAUAUGUGCCCAGCAACCAAUCAGUGUACUAUUGACAGGAAUCGGAGGAAGAGCUGCCAGGCUUGCCGUCUUAGGAAGUGUUACGAAGUGGGCAUGAUGAAAGGAGGUGUGCGCAAAGACCGUGGGCGUGUUCUGCGGCGUGACAAGCGACGGACUGGCACCGGUGACAGGGACAAGGCCUCUAAGGGUCAGGAGCACAGAACAGCGCCCCCUCAGGACAGGAGGAAACACAUCAGCAGCAGUGCUGCUGGUGGAGGAGGAAAGCCAUCAGUGAUCAGCAUGCCUCCUGACCAGGUGCUCCUCCUGCUCCAGGGUGCAGAGCCCCCAAUGCUGUGCUCCCGUCAGAAGGUGAACCGACCCUAUACUGAGGUCACCGUGAUGACCCUGCUCACCAGCAUGGCUGAUAAGGAGCUGGUCCACAUGAUCGCAUGGGCCAAGAAGCUUCCAGGUUUCCUACAGCUGUCCCUCCACGACCAGGUGCAGCUGCUGGAGAGCUCGUGGCUGGAGGUGCUGAUGAUCGGGCUCAUCUGGAGGUCCAUCCACUGCCCCGGCAAGCUCAUCUUCGCACAGGACCUCAUACUGGACAGGAGCGAAGGCGACUGUGUCGAAGGCAUGGCGGAGAUCUUCGACAUGCUGCUUGCCACCGCCUCCCGUUUCCGCAUGCUCAAACUCAAACCUGAGGAGUUUGUCUGCCUCAAAGCUAUCGUCCUGCUCAACUCUGGUGCCUUCUCUUUCUGCACUGGCACAAUGGAACCCCUCCAUGACGGUGCUGCAGUGCAGAACAUGCUCGACACCAUCACUGACGCUCUCAUACAUCACAUCAACCAAUCCGGAUGCACGGCUCAGCAGCAGUCGAGGCGGCAGGCGCAGCUGCUCCUCCUGCUCUCCCACAUCAGACACAUGAGCAACAAAGGCAUGGAGCAUCUCUACAGCAUGAAGUGCAAGAACAAGGUGCCUCUGUACGACCUGCUGCUGGAGAUGCUGGAUGCUCACCGCGUCCACCGCCCCGACAGACCAGCUGAGACCUGGUCCCAGGCUGACAGAGAGCCUCCCUUCACUUCCAGAAACGGCAGCGGCGGCGGCGGUGGUGGUGGUGGCUCCUCGUCAGCUGGCUCCACUUCAGGACCACGGGUCAGCCUUGAGAGCCCCACAGGUCCCGGCGUCCUGCAGUACGGAGGGUCCCGCUCCGAGUGCACCCACAUCCUAUGAAACCUACAGAAUGAAAACUAAAGGUUGUAUAUGAAUUCAUUUGAAGAGAUAAUUAUUUAUGAAUUAUGUGAUUUUUGUAGUUGUAGCUGUUUAGGGAGACAUUUUUCCUUUGCACUACUCCGGUUCAUGACAAUACGAGCUUCAGCGCAGUUAAUAUUCUGUGCAGCCUUUCAGAAAAUCUGUGAUUUCAAGCUUUACAGUACAGCUUCUUAUUUCCAGGUGUUAGUAUAUAUUGUGGCACUCUGUCAGCUACAGUGAUCGGAAAUAACGAGCAGCUAAUUUGUGUUUUUGCUUCAACCAAAGUGCACUUCCUCUUGGGUUUAAGGGGCUCUUGGGCAUUAUUUUUACUUCUAAAUAUAACGAUGAUAAAACUUGUUAAAAUUGAUGUUUGAGGACUGACUGCCAUGUAUUUUUAACUCGAUAAACUUGGUGAAAAGAUAGUUAAUUAAUGAGAUUAUGAAAUGAAGAGCAUCAAGGAUUUAUCUGUUGAAUUAUGAGUAACUACAAAUUGCACAAUCAAAUCCAAGAACACUGCUUAUCGGUGAAGGAAGCCAAGCUUUAAUGUUGGGUAACUUCAGCCUGUCUUUAGCUUUUUGUGUGUAGUCAGUUUAUUCUUCAUGCUUACCUGCACCAAAGGUUUUUUUUAAUUUGUUACAUCAUAAUUGUGUGUGUGUGAGUAUCAGAGAGACUGUCAAAGCUAUGACUGGUUACUUUUCAUCCACUCAUUCAGUGAUUUCAUGUUGACUUUGGCUGGAUUUACACACCUCCAAAACCCUAAUUUGUCAUAGUGCACAUGCACAUAUGCUGUUGUUUUUAUUUCUCUUGAACUACACCAAAUUUGAUACAGUUCUUCAGUAAAUCUGAACAUGAGUUGGUGUUUUCUUUAUUAGCUGCUAACUUGCUAGUGUCAAAGUUUGGUUUAUAAAAUAAAAAAAGUUUAAAAAACAAAAAACAAAAAAAAAACCAUUGACCAUUGUUGUAAAAACAAAAAUAUUGAAUCUGAAUCCAUUGCUAAAAAUCUAAAAUGUUGUUCCUUUAAUUGGGGUAUUGUGAUAUAACAAUUUUGACAAUAAUUGCGAUAUCAAGAAGUUGUUGUGACUACAAACAAAAAAGAAAAGCAUACGAUCUUCAAGGUGUGUUCAGAUAGAAGCAGAGCAAAUGUUUGUUUUUGGCCAACAUCUUAUUCUUUGGGAACAUUUGAAAUGUUUAUUCUAAUUCUUUGUCAUAAAAAAAAGACAAUCAUAAAAUAACAAUAAACCAGAUUAGAGAUUCAUCCGCGUGCCUUAGGUUAAGAUUACUAAGCCUAGCUCACUAUGAUCAGAAGAUGCUGAUUUUAAUUGAAGCCACUUGUUCCUUUUUUGAUGCUAUUGUAUCUGCACAUGGCUCACGCACAACAGAUUUAGAGCAGGUCAAAAAAUUGGAAUAACUUUUUUGAAGCAGAAAACUUUCAUCUUGAACUCGGGUAAAGAUACAACAGUUGGCUGACAUGUAGUGUUUGCAGGCAUUUAUGUUGACAGAAUAUAAAC